AUGAAUUAUGGAGUCAUGACUUCUGUUAGUGGUGAUGUUAACAAGUCCAAGUUGAAAUUCAGUGUUGAUAGUAUUCUGGGUAACAAUGAGAGUCGUCAGGAUGACUCUGUGUCGGAGGUCAGGGGUCAAGAGCCGCCCUGCGCGGGAUGUGUCGCUGCCCUCUAUAGAUGCUGUCGAGAUGAACCUCCCCUACUGCAGCUGCAAUUGCCUUUACCAUAUGCACAUUUGCAUCCAGCGUUGAGGCCUACUUCAGCUGUCUAUCGCUUGCCUCUACCUACAUCGUCUCCAACACAAUCAUCGACGCCGCGUUGUGACGUGUCGUCGAGCGGUAAAAGAAAACGCUCGUGGUCGCGAGCUGUUUUUAGUAACCUCCAGAGAAAAGGCCUGGAAAGACGGUUUCAAAUACAAAAAUACAUUACCAAGCCCGAUAGGCGACAGCUAGCAGCUACCCUCGGCCUCACUGAUGCUCAGGUGAAAGUGUGGUUUCAAAAUCGUCGUAUGAAAUGGCGUCACACGAAGGAAGGUCGCGGUUUGGCGGGAACGAGAGACACAGACACCGCGAUCAAUGAAGACAACGAAGACGUCGAUGUUGAUACUCUUAGCGACUAA